AUGGAUCCGGCUCCGAUCCAGCUCAAGGUGUUGAUGGUACGUGUUAUUGGGGGCUCGGAGAUGGAAUUCACGAAGGACGAUAUCAGAUCUUUGGCAAACAAGACGAAAGGAAUUCAAACAUCCAACACAUCCCACUGCGCUGCCCGAAAGCAGGGGCUGAAAGCCAUAAGCCAAGAUCUGCCGCUGGAGCAGUGGCCCGCGGAUGUUGUCUGCUUCGCAGGCAUCACGCAGCUGCUAGUUGACUUGCACGUGAUCCUACUGGUGUGGGAUAAGAUCAAGGUUGAUACGUCUGACCUGGGAGCGAACGUGUCGGUGAUUUAUGCUUACAAAAGCCGGAAGAUCGAUGCUUGGCUGUCUCAUCUGAAUGCGACCAUUGUAUCAGCAUACGACUACGUGUGGCUGGCAGAUGGGGAUGUGAAAAUCUCGGUGGUGAACUGGUUUGCUUUUUGGACUCAUAUGCUGUAUUUUCAGCCACAGAUUGCCCAGCCGGGCAUCGUGGCAUUUGACAAAGAUCAAGGGAAGACGGAUUUCUGGUCGAAGCAGAUGAAAAAAUGGUACAAGAAAUAUGGGCACAAUCCAACGGAGGUCCGUGGGAGCGAUCACGAAAUUCUCCGGAUUCCAGCCGAUGACGAGGCUGGGACGAUGAACAUCGAUCCCAGUUUGAUUGCUGCGGACGUGGGGAUCAUUGAGAUCAUGGCGCCCGUGUUGACCGCUCGGGCAUGGUUACACUUCAGAGAGGAACUUCUGAGAAGACCAAAAGCCAUGGAGUGGAUUGAAAAGGGCGCCACAUGGUGCGUGGAUCUCAAGUGGUGCGAGUGGGCGCGUACAGCUCUUGGUCUGGAAGUCGCCGAACCGGACGUCCCGAUCCGGCGGUAUCAAGAAUCCCUUCAGGGCCGUGCACAUGGCGAACGGCUGUGGGGCUCGCGCGAGGCGUCUGCCUGUUUGGUCUUUUACCAGACACCUGUACGUCAUCACAACUUUCGUUCACUGAAGAAGUUGACGAAAGCUUUCGACCAGAAGAACUCCGAGUUGUGCCGCGAACUUGAAGUGGAGCUGAGGAAUACGACACUUCACCGCGCAUAUCGCGCUUUCUACGAGUCAGAUCUUAGAGCCACCUCGUCGUUCACUGGCAUUCUGACUUUGCAAAGCUCGCUGCUGCACUCAAAACAACAAAAUCGUCAAGCUGUAGAUGCUGUAGUUGGUUCUAUGGAGGGGCUCGGGCCUCGGAUCCAGCAUGUUCAAGGAAUUUCAAGGUUUCAGGUAGCUUUGAAAGGUCCAAGGAGCAGCCGCGUGCGCAGAUGUACGUGUCCAGGAUACUCACGGGCCAACUCGAACGUUAAAACCAGUAAUGAAGACAUGGUGCUGAUACUUAGGCGGCAGCUUGUCAUUGGAAUAUCUCUGCUUUGA